GAUAACACUACAUAAGCACAUGCGCAGCCGCCAUGUUGUAAAAUUGGUCUCAUAUCAGGAGCUUAAAACUUUUGGAACUGGGAACAACCCAACUGCUUCAGUGAAAAAGUGUGUCAGUUUCUCUACGACUCUCAGUGAACAACAGUUGUUCAAAGUCUCGGUCUUUUUGGCUGUUACAGUGUUUUGACAUUAUUGCGGUUGCCUCUGGGUGUUGGGUUAAAUGAGUUGAUAAUAUCUGAACUUUCUUUAUAUUGUACGUUAGACGCGGGGACUUCUCUGUCGUGGGCGGAGCUAAGGUCAAUCAUUCUAUUAAAACGAGACAGAAGACUUUUAUACACUAUGAAUCUAAUAUGUGAGGGUGAGGUGGUGUUACUUCGAAGUUUUACACUGCGGCCGUGUGCACUACGUUGAGAUAAGACUUGAAAAUAAAAAAGCGACAAUAUGGAUGAGAGAGAUAAAGCCAUAUUUACCAAGAACCAGGAGUACAUCGCAAAAACACUGGCAUCUUCAGGGAAGGCUCAAGAUGUUGUCUACGAACUCAGGGAAUGCCAAGUCCUGUCGACAGAACAUGCAGAUAUGUUAUUACACAUGGAGUCGACCCAAACCAACAUGGUCAGGCACUUGGUCGCCCUCCUUGCAAAUGGCCGAGAGAGGACACUGCAGGUUUUUUUGAAGGUGUUGAUGCAGUUCAACUUGCAUGAAAUGGUGAAGCAGAUAGACAGAGAAUAUUACGAGCAGCAUGAAGGAACACGGAGGGGUAGCAGCAGUGAGUUCGAAAAGCUUCAGCGCCUCCCACACACCCCCUCUGGUGGUGCAGAAGCCUUGCCCUUCCUCCGUCGCCCUCGGCCAGACCAGCCCCGCUCGAGACCUGGCUCUUACGGCUACGACAGCUGCGAGGAAAACAACAACCCCGAUGAACCUCUGAGAAUAGUAGUAGUUCAGAGCACGGAGGUUGGUGGAGCCCAUCUCGACGAGGCAGAUUUGUACAAGAAUUUGAGCAAACCUCGUGGCUUGGUCUUCCUCGCAAAUUACAAGGACUUCCGAGAUGGGGCACAUCCCUGCCGCAGGGGAUCAGAAAUUGAUGUGAAAAAUCUUUCACUUCUCUUUACCCAAAUGGGAUACAAGAUACCAAAGCAACAUAUCAAUAUGACAAAAUAUGAGACCAUCAAAGCUAUACGAGAAUUUAGAUCUAAUGAAGAACUAAACUCUGUCGACUCUUGCAUCGUAAUCAUAAUGAGCCACGGCAGAGACGAGAAGUCCUUUUUCACUUCAGACAACCUUUAUUUAAGUGUGAAUGAAGUGGUCGAAAGAUUUAGUAACAGAGAGUGUCCUGCUUUGAAGGGCAAACCCAAGAUCUUUAUCUUCCAGUAUUGUAGUCCUAAUUGCAACAGGGGUGCAGCGCCAGACGUAGGAGUGGCGGCAGGUCCACAGCUGGUGUCAAAUGUACGACAGCAAAAUUUAGAAAUGGAUGCAUCAUUUGUUAGCGAAGCUAUUGUUGAAAAGGACCCGACUUACACUGAUAUGUAUAUUGCAUUUUCUACAGUUGAAGGGUUUGUAUCCUUCCGUCAUCCUGAGCGAGGGUCUUGGCUGAUGGAAGCAAUAUGUCAGGUCUUUAUGAAACAUGCGCAUAAAAUGGAGUUGGAGUCUCUGAUGAAGAUGGUAUCAAGGCGAGUUCGUCAGAAUUAUUCAGAUGAUGGGAGCAAGCAGGUGUGUGAAUUCGUCCAGCGAGCCUUCGACCGACACUUCUACUUCAACCCACAGAGACCAGAUAAUUUAGGCGAAUUGUGCAUGCAGCCAUUGUCCGAUGUUCUCAUGGAGUCUGCAGGAACCCCCUCACCAGUACCUUGUUCAACAGCCAUGAGGCCAACAGGUUUAUACAAGGGAGGCACACCCGAACGACUCUUUAUACACGCACAUGAACGCAACAGGAUCAGACACCGGAACUGGAGCGGUGCCAGUAAUAGCUCUGAGAGGAGUCUUGACGAAUUGGAACCCUUAUAUGGCCAUGAGAACAUGGCUAUGCAUCCAAGAGUCCGUCGGCUCAGCGGAAACAGGCGUAGCAGUCUACCACCAGACCCAACUGCCUACAUUCAGUCAAGCCAUUUUCUCCACAACGAAGCCUUUAACCGAUCUUUCAGCGAACAGGUACAGGGAUCAAGGGGAACGACACCUGAUCCAUCGGAAUCACAAGAAAAUGUUUUUACCGAGGAUCAAGAAGUCAUAUCAGUACCUGUGUGCCCACCAAUUUUCCCGGGAGCGCCUGCCUUUGAUACGGUCGACCAUCCGAAAGAAAACCCAGAUCUGAACAGCAGUGAAAACGGUGAUGCUGAUAUUGCAAUGAGCGAGGAGGGGGAAGCCGGCUCUCAGUUGCACACGAGCAAAUCAUGUGAUGCUGUGAUAGAGAAGUGCCAGACGGGCCACAUAGAACUGAAGGGAGAAGAGGCCGAGGGUCUUGAAAGCGAAUCUCGCCAUUCCAUUAAAAGACAGCUCUCUUUCCCUUCCACAAAGGAGACUCUGUCCAAGAUCAACGACGUAAAGAAGUUCCUGCAGGUGUACGAUUCAGACCCCAGCUUGAUACAGCCCCUGCAGAGGAUUGAGAGUUUUGUGAACAAAAAGAAGUAUGAAGGGAAAAGGAGGAAGACAGGACAAGAGUCUAAUAGUCUUGAAUACUAGUAACUGUAAGAGGUGAAGGGCUUUGUGUACAUUUGUCUUUCUCAUGAUUACACAUAUUUUUUCCAAGUGCAAGGACUGAAUAAGAGAUGGCUCAGUUUAUAAAUUACUUACUUUUGUGAAGGAGCUAAACACUUGGAUUAAUUUAAGAUGUAGACACACAUGAAAAGGAUGUGAUAUAUACACGAGAUAAGUGAUAUAUGAAGGUGAGACGAGGGUUAACUGUCUCGAAUACAGAUAUAUUGUCUUUCUCAUGGCUGUGUAUUAUAAUUUUUUUUUUUUUUAUAUUAUUAUUAUUAUUAUUUUUUUUAUUUUAUUUUUUUUUUACAUAUAAGACCUGAAUGGGAGAGAGAACAGUUUAUGAAUGACUGCUUUUGCAAGGCAUCUAGAAAUAUGGUUUAAUGUAGAAUUUAAGCACACAAGAAAAAUGUGAUAUGUGAUGUGCUCAAUUUGGCUCACUUGAAUUUUAUCAUUAAUGAAUUUCUCAUUUAUUGAAAACCUUAUAAUUGAAGUGAAAAAAGAUCUUUAUUUAUGUUUCCUUAGAUGUUUUAAUUUAUGUUGAGAGUGACUGAAGUUUUCCUUAGGUAGGAUUUUGAUCUAAAAAAAAAAAAAAUGUUACUAAGCAUGUAGUUAUAGAUGCAUAAAUAGUAUGUUUAAUUAUUCAUUCAUAGGUUUAACCUGAUGCUAUUUGAUUAGUGUGAAGUAAAUGCAGUCUUCAUAAUCACACAAGUAAAAAAAAAAAAAAAAAAAGCUCCUUUUUUGCCGUAAUUUCUGAUUUAAAUUUUGUUAAAAUUAACCUGACAAGUACAACAUGCAAAUCAUAAUAUUAGCAAAACAUAAAUGAAGUACUGAUGCUAUUGUUACUCUACACUUCUCUUGUUAGUAUGGAUUUGUAACAUAUAACUUUAUUUGUAAUGAACAAUGCCUUUUUAUACUGUUAGGAUAUAGUGUGAUAAAAAAAAAAUCAUUCUUAACAUUGUAUGCGAAAUUGUUAAGCAUAAAAUAAAGAAUGAUGUAGGUUUUUAUCUAAAGAAUUAGUAGGCAAACAUUUCUUUUAGAAAUCUGUUAGGACUUUAUCAACUGAUAAAGUUUGAUAAACAAUAAGUGGUGAAGCAUUAAAAGAUAA